AUGCGAAACGGAGCGAGUUGUAAAAGAAAAAAACGUGAAGAGGAUUUGCAGGGUGGUCUCAUGCCUAGGCGAACGCAACUGAAGCGUCGUACCGUGCGAAAGACGGGCGCAAGCUCUCGACCAAGUCUCCCUACAGAGGCCGAACAACGGCGUUUCAACUGCGGAGACUAUGUGCUUCUGAGGGCUCCGAAAAAGGAAUCACAAGAUACUGCAGCGGGGGGUAGUCUGUCGCGGACAAUAGCCGCCACAACUCCGAGGGGCCGCAGACGGAGCCAAGGACCUGAGGAUGUCGCAGAGAUCGAUCUGACGACGUGUUGGAUCGCUCAGAUUCUCAAGAUAUCGAGAGAGAGUACAGGGAACGACGAGCGUAUCCUGGUAAAAUGGUUUUAUCGUAUGAAAGACCUCUAUCACUGGCAUACCACGGUAGGCCACGAGGAGGUCUUUGAGAGCGAGCAUCUCGACGAAAAUGAGUCCGAUUGCGUCGUCGGUCGGUGCCACAUCGUUUGCGAAAUGGAAUGGCGAAUGCUUCUAGAAAAGCGCACCCGAAGCAGUUCUGUGUCAAAGCAAGAGGAGCUUCGGGUCUUCUUAUGCCGGGAACGUUAUGACUUUAUCACGGGGAGCUUUGCACCGUCCACAAUGACGAUCCAGUGGAUUCAGGAGCACCAACCAGACUCUAAUUUCGUUGCCUCGAGCAUUCAGAGAGACAGUUUUAGUCAUCGAUCAUUGCUCGCUCUGCUUCGUUACAUGGUUGAAAACAGCUUUCCCGUCGAUAAUGAUGGCGACUGCGCCGAGCAGGUCGAUCUUCAUGAUACCGGCGAUGAAGACGCCUGGGAUCCUGCAGAAGAGCGAGCCCUUCAGCUGCGUCUCCGCUCGAGGCAACGUGCAGCGGCCGGCAGAUCGCGCGGCAACAACUGUAGCCAGGAGUCAGAUAUGACGCCGCGUCCAAGAGCUGGAGGUCAGCUAUUACUCUGGCCGUCCGAUGUGGGUGCCCACGAGCACCGCCAAUCGAGGAUUUCAAAGAACGCCGUUGAGUUCGCGGAGGUAUCUGAGCCAACGGGGUCCGUCCCCCGUCUACUCCAAGUUUCCCGCUUCGGGGCCCCCCGCGUCCAGUUAGUGUGCCGUGACGUCGAGACUGAGCGUGUCUUGAAGUUCCUAACCGACUGUUUGCGCGGCUCUUCAGAGCGUUGUCUUUAUAUUUCCGGAGUACCUGGCACCGGCAAGACGGCUGUAGUCCGUUGUGCUGUACAACAACUCGAGCAGCGACGUCAGCAGGGUCAGGUACCGCACUUUCAGUACAUCGAGAUCAACGGCAUGACUAUCCCUGAUCCAACAAGAGCAUAUAACAUUCUCUUACAACGACUGGGGCACCGCAGCACAGGUGCCGCCGGUGGACGACGGCCACCGGCGCCUGCAGAGGCGGCACGUCUGCUCGAUCAGCGUUUCCGUCAGCGCAGAGGCGUCCAUAACAGAAAGCAUCAUUCAUCUAUCCUAGUGCUUUUAGAUGAAAUGGAUGCACUCGUUCUGAACCAUUCCGCAGCGGCGCAGAGGGUGCUGUAUGACUUCCUUGACUGGGCCAGCCGGCCUGCAUCAGAACUAGUCAUCAUUGGUAUUGCGAACACCCUCGAUCUACCGGAGCGUCUGUUACCUCGGCUUGCGUCCAGGCUCGGAAUGAACCGUCAGGUGUUCAAACCCUAUUCUGUGACCCAGUUGCAGCAGAUUCUUCGCCACAAAUUGGGGCCCCAGCUUUUGCAACAUUUCGAUGAAGACGCAUUAGAGCUCUGCACGCGCAGAGUUGCGGCAGUAUCUGGAGAUAUUCGACGAGCACUGGCCAUCUGUUUGCAUGCGUAUGCUCGCUCGCAUAGCGAGGAUUGUUCUUUGAGGGCUUCAGAAAACGAGCAUGAUCGCCUGGUAUCUGCUGUGGAUAUCGAUGAGGCAAUUAGAGAGCUGACUCCGAGCUCUGUCCAGAGUGCUGUGAAACAGCUAAGCCAGAUCGAGCAGCAGGUCCUCAUGAGUGCAGCACUUUGUGGUAGACAGGCAGUGCAGCAGGGCUCCGAAACUUUCCGUUUCCAACAGAUAUGGCAUAGAUUUCGGCAGUUUCACGCCUCCACAGAAGGUCAUCCUGCAUACCCGUUGCCCUUGCAGGACCAGAUCGAAGAGGUCUGGCAUAUCCUCAUGGGUCUUUGUGCCUGCAACCUGCUUAGUUGUUCAGUGCCGUCUUCUUCUUGUGCUUACGCUGGAUUUGCGAGUACUCGACUCCCAAAUCUGCACGAAAGCCAAUUCGUGUUGAACCCGCUUUUUGACGAUAUUGCAUUUGCAUUUCGCGAGAACCGUUCAUUUGCGCAAGCUGCUGGGGAACUUGUAUGA